UAUCCUCUCUCUCUCCUCUUUCCCUUUCUUUCUCUCUCACUAACAAGAGAAAACAACUUGAUCAGUUUGCCAGCUCUCCCAAAUCAAAGGAAGAAUUCCCAUUGCCAUGCUCCCACAAAAGAGAAAUAGACCCACUUGGCCACCCCUAUGUGAUAGUGUUGAGGGUCAGCUACAGAUCAUGUCCUAGGAGCAACCCAAAAAAAAAAAGAAAAAAAAAGAAAGAAGAUUUCUCUUUCUCUCUUUAAAAAUAAAAAAGAGCCCCUAUGAUCAUGGAAGCAGGUGGUGAAAAUGGCAUCAUCCGUAGGCCUAAUUUCCCACUCCAAUUGCUAGAGAAGAAGGAACACCAAGAAGACCAUAACAGCAACACAAUUGAGCCAUGUUCAUCCUCCGCGCCCGACCCGAACCCGAUCCGGACUCUUGCUCAGGUCGAGCAGUCGAAGAAGGCGGCGCCGAAGAGGACGUCGACGAAGGACAGGCACACGAAGGUGGACGGGCGGGGGCGGCGGAUCCGCAUGCCGGCCACGUGCGCCGCUAGGGUUUUCCAACUUACCCGGGAGCUUGGACAUAAGUAUGACGGCGAGACCAUCGAGUGGCUUUUCCAGCAGGCGGAGCCCGCCGUGAUCGCCGCCACUGGGACCGGCACCAUCCCCGCUAACUUCACCUCCCUCAACAUAUCCCUCCGCAGCUCUGGCUCCACCAUGUCCGCCCCCUCCCAACUCAUCCGCGCCUCCAAUUCCUACUUCAACCCUAAUUUCUCCGCCGCGCAGCUGCGAACGGCUUCGCCGUGGGAGAGGAGCAUUUUCUCACCGCCGGACAACAGUAGUAAUAGUAACGAUAGUAGUAACAAUAAUUCUUCGUCUUCAGUGCUGUUGAAUUUCGGUUCUGGUAAUGUGAGCUCCAUGUUACAAGGGAAGCAAGAGCUGCAGGCUAUGGCCGCACGUGAUCAGUCCGGGUUUGAUCACGUGACAAGCUCGGAGGGCGAUGCCGGUGUGGUGAGGAAGCGGAGGCAGGCGUUGGAGCAGGACUUUUCUCCGACGUCCACGUCGGCGACACCGCAGAUGGGGAAUUACUUGUUGCAGUCGAGCGCGGCGGGUUCGAUUCCGGCGAGCCAUAGCCCUAUUCCGGCGACUUUUUGGAUGAUGACGAACCCUGGGGCUAGUGGGAAUAACAACAACAACAGUAGUAAUCAAGGGAAUAUGAAUAGUAGUGGUGGUUCUCUAGUUGAUCCAUCGUGGGCAUUUCCUAAUGCUGGUAACGCAGCUAGUACUGUGUAUAGAGCUGGGGCUAUUGGUAGUGGUUUGCAUUUAAUGAAUUUCCCUCCCAUGGCCUUAUUGCCCGGCCAACAAUUGGGCUCGGGAAACUGCGGUGGCGGUGUCGGCGGAGGCACGGUCACGGACAGCCACUUGGGAGUAUUGGCGGCGCUGAAUGGGUACCGGCCGAUUCUCGGGUCGGCGGCAAGUGGACCCCACCAACAUCACGGCGGAGAUGAUGGACAUGAUACAAGUACUACUACUAGUCACCGGUGAUAGGACCAUAUCAAUUUCCUCAAAGC